ACGGCUGACAUAAGCACGUUUUGCGGCUAGUCUUCUCAAUCGCAUGGGCCUUUUUUUUUCUCUUGACUUUUCUAUGCUCUAGUUUUUGGGUUCCCAACGCACACUCAUACAAGGAUCGAUAAAGAUGAUUGGGAAACGGAAGAGGGGCACGGCCGUUGUGUCGAGAGCUACAACUUCAGAUGACGAGGCCACGCCGCAGACAACUACCGAGUCCUCCCAGGACAUUUUCCGCAAAUUCUUCGAAGCUCAAUUCCAACCGUUGGAUGUACCUGGAGGUCAGGUGUCCCGCCGUGAUGAUUCAGAAGACGAAAGCGACGAGGAAGACUUGGAGGCUUCCGAUGCUGAGUCGGAUUGGGAUGGUAUGAGCGGAGACGAAGAGGAACCAGAGGAGGUUGAAGUAAUUGAGCAUCGGGACGUAAAGUCCCAGGACUUGAUGGACAAGAAAGCUCGCAAGGCCUUCAUGACCGCCAAACCGCCAUCCUCAAUCUCUGAGCGAACCACGGCCAAAACGCCGAAGAAAGAUACCGAGGAUGACAACGAUGACACCGAAAUUGAUGCGGACCAUCUGAAAAACGAUCUCGCACUGCAACGUCUCCUAAAGGAAUCCCACCUUCUCGACUCAGCGUCCGAUCUUGCUCCAACUGGCAAGAAUCGCAUCAAGGCUCUUGACUUGCGGAUGCAGGAACUAGGAUCUAAAGAGUCCUUGUACAAGCAAAUGAUGCCCUCUUCUCACCGGAGAGGCAUCAAAGCCAAGGCCGAGAUGAAGGAAAACAAGCGUCGGAAGGAAGCCAGAGAAAACGGAAUUAUCCUCGAAAAACCGGCACCGAAGUCGAACACCAGCAGCGCCAAACGGCGAGAACGUGGUGUUGGAGGGCCCUCCGUCGGAAAGUUUGCAGGCGGAACUUUGAACCUGAGCAAACAUGACGUAGCCGCUAUCCAAGCAUCAGGCCGGUCAAGCAGCAGAGGCAGAGGCAGGGGCGGUGGCAGAGGACGUCGCUAGUUGUCGAUUCUGGCCCAUGACACCUGACAACUACGCAUGACAUGCAUCGCGUCCAAAUUCCCUUCGAAUCUCUUGCACUCAAAACACGCUACCGCUGUGCAUAGUGCCUCCGGCUCGGGGCGUACUGUAUGCUUGCCUCAGUAUCGAUUAUCGGCGAAGAGAGGGGCUGUAGUUGCUUUCGACCACGCGAGUGGCCU